UUCGGCUUGAAUUGCAUUGUGGGAUGUAUACAAUAUGGCGGAUAUCGAGAUGAAAGAUGAGUUGAAAGAAAGAGUGCAAGAUACGCCGAUGGAAGAAGCUAGUACUCAAUCAAAAGAUAAAGAGCAACAGAAAAUGUUUUCUUUAAAGAAAUGGAACGCCAUAGCAAUGUGGUCUUGGGAUGUAGAAUGCGAUACUUGUGCGAUUUGUAGAGUGCAAGUCAUGGAUGCGUGUUUAAGAUGUCAGUCAGACAAUAAGCAAGAAGAAUGUGUUGUUGUCUGGGGAGAAUGCAAUCACUCUUUUCACAACUGUUGUAUGUCACUAUGGAUAGUUCAGAACAAUCGCUGUCCUCUUUGUCAGCAAGAGUGGGUUGUACAAAGAAUUGGRAGAUGAAGCAGACRUCCUUCCAAUUACUGAAUAUCAGCUACACACGCUGUACUUACAUAAUUGUUAUAAACAGUCGGCCCCUGCAGUUACAUUUGCCUUCUGACUAAAUAAAUUUUGCUAUCAAUUUUCUGUAUUAUUACUGCUGGGACAGAAGACUACAAAAAUGUAUUUGUAAAUGUACAUAAAUUGGACAAUAUUGGAUAUACCAAGAUAAAGACUCGUGAAGCCUGCUUUCCAAUAGUCAUCCUUCUAGUAUUAAUAUUAGUCAUCCUUCUGACCAGUCAAAGCUUGGUAAUAAACACAAUAUUAAUUUUAUCAAUCCAU